AUGAAAAGAUUAUAUUUAAUAUCGAUAAUUUUAGUUAUAUUAUUGAUAUUUGAUCAUUCAAAUUCAUUUGACCUUGGUAAAGGUAAAGCAAUUAAAAGGAAGAAAUUAAAGCAUAAACAAAUUUCAGAACAAUAUGAAGAAAAAUCAAAUUUUCAUCAUACCGAUCAUAUAGAAGAUUAUCAACAUGAAGAUCAUGACAAAAAUUUAUUUAAUGACAAGAAUAUAGAUAUAAAUAAUUUAAACUCAACAUUAAAACUAUGGUUAGAAUCGAAUAAUAUUGCAAAAUUUAUGGAUUUCCAUACAACUAAAAAAUUACAUUUAACUAUACCAAUUAAUUUUAUAUUUAUUGGAUUUGCUGGCGAAGGAAAUAGAGGCUUCGAAAUAUCAGAUCCAUUAUUAGUCGAAUGGUUUCAACAUAUUGAACAUGCAUUACAUAACGUUAUAACACCAAUUGGCGAAGACUAUUCAACUACAGAUGAAAUGGAAACACCUUCAACCCAUAUCGAAUAUAAUUUUGAAAUUCAAGUAUCAAAAACCGAUCCAUUAGUAAAUACUCUUGUAGAAGAUGCAAUAUUUUGGCAUUUAAGAUCCGAAGCAUCAAAUUAUUUUGAAAGAAAUAAUGAAGAAGCAAUUAGUAAGCCUCAAGAUGAAAAAUAUGAAAAGAGAUUCUAUGCAAACCCACAUUUAGUAUCCUCAUUAUUAUCUUCAUUAUCUCAACAUUUAGAAAUCGAUAAAGACUCCUAUACCAUUUUUAUCAUGAACCCAAACCAUCCUUCAAAUGAUGGUAUUGAAAAUACCGAUGCGGUUUAUGGUUACAGAGUUGGUUUUUCUAAUCAAGAACUCGAACAAAUUUAUAAGAAUACCAAAUUAAAAGUUCCAGAAUCCUUAAAUGUUCAUACUGACUAUGAAUUUGCUCAAGCUAUUCAAUCAGAAAAGGUUGAAAAAAAGAAGGAUCAAGGCGAAGCAAUAUUUAUAAACAACAAUUUAAAGUUUAGAGACUACACCAAACAAUCAAAAGAAUGGGCAGAUAAAAUGAUUGUCGAAUUUGAUACCUAUAAGAAGAACACCCUUCAAAGCUCACCAAACUGUAUGUUUGGUUCACCAGAUACCAAGGAGGAUAGAUGGAUAUGCACCACCUUGGAAUUACUUUAUCACGAAAACUCACCCAUUUUAGAAAGAGCUCAAGAAAUUUUCACAAGAGGCACCAAAUUCGAACAACUUUAUGUUUAUACUGCCUAUGAAAACAAAAUCUUUGAAAACCCAAUGGUUGAUACCUGGAUCUCCCACAAACGUUUUGCAUUUAUCGAUCUAACUGCUGGUCCAUUUAGCUGGGGUCCAUCUGUUGGCGGUAAUGGUUUAAAAACUUUUAGUACAUUACCAAUACCACCAUUCAUUAGCGAAGAUGAAGAAAGAGCAAUUGAUGACGAAGAAAUCAUUCAUCUUUCACCAGACAAACAUAUUAAAAAGAAACAAAUUGAAGAAGAAAUCUUAUUAACCGAAACAAUUUAUGGCAAUAACUGUGGUGAACAAUCAUUAACCGAUGAACAAAAGGAAUUAUGUGAAAAUUUACAAACAUCAAUAAGUGAAUUAAAAUUACAAUUAGAAAAAAUCAGCAUGGCUUCAACUGCCAAGAGUGAUCAAUCUACAGCAGAAAACAAUAACGAUGAUAUGGAUUUCGACUUUUUAACUGGAAACUUUAAAGAGGUUUUCGGUAAUAAACAACAAGAUAAAUUUGUUUCAAAACUUGGUUCAGUUUUAUCAUCAAGUUUAAAGCAUUUGGUCACCCAACCAUUACCAUUAUUCAAAAUUCAAUAUGCCAGCAGGGUCAAUUUCAACGUAUUCAUAAUCAGCGAUCAUAAUGAUUUCAAUCCAAGAGAUUACUUUAACUUUAACUACGAAUUAUUUAAAUAUGAAAUUGAAAAGCUCAGACUACCAGGCCAAGAAUUUUCAUUCAACAUUAAAACCAUUUCAAUGUCAGAUGAUAGACAAUUAGCCUUAGCAUACUACACAAGCUUAAAAUCAAUUUUAAAUCCAACCAUCAACGAUGACCAUCAAUUCCAAACUCAACUCAACUACUAUUUAGACUCAAAAGAGAUUAGAAGUAAUUUAUUAAAAUUGUUUGGUAAAGAUUUUGACACUGACAAAGACGAAGAUGUUGCUGCUACUAUCAAAUACAUUCCAAUUUUCUUAUUUUCUGUAUCAAAUAAAAUACCAAUUUUAAUCGAUAAAACUCAUCAAGCUAAAUCACUCUCAAAUAUGGUUAUAGGUAUUCAAACAUCACUCUUUUCGACCAAUAGCUCAUUCACAGUUAAUGAUAAUCAAAUCAAAUACUACCCAAUUAACCCAUUAUCAAGUAUUCUAUCAGCAACAGCAUUAAAUUUAGGUGGUUUGGUUGGAAAUCAUGUAGCAUAUAGUGAAGCUCAUAAAUCAGCAACAUCAAAUUGGCAUUGGUCUGUUGGUGACUCCCCAACCUCAAAAACUUUUAAUUUCCCAUUCACUCAUUUCAAUGAAUUUCAAAGAGAUACUAUAUUUAGAAACUAUGUAGCAGCAUCCUUAGAAAGAUCAAUUCAGUACAUGAAUAAAGCAGUCUCCAUCUUAUCAGAUUGCAAAACCUCUAUUAAGAAUUUCGAAAAUGCCCUCUCUGUAUUCCCAUUGGAUGAAACUGUAAUCAAUUUCCAAUCCAUUCGUUCAAAAUGGAAUCAAAUAGCUUUGAAUAUCAGAGAUUUAGAUUAUAGAAAUGCAAUCAAAACCGCCAUAGAGGCUGAAACCCUUUCAAAAUCAUUUUAUAAAGAUUCAAAAUCAAUUCAAAUUUUCUUUAUGGAAUCUGAAUGUCAAUCCGAUUUACAAGAAAAAGUACCAAAAAGAACUUGGGCUAUUGUUACAAUAUGCUUAUUUAUUAAUAUUUUAAUAAUUUUAUUCUUUAAAACCUUAUAUAAAUCAAAGAGUAAAAUUAAAAUUAAUUAA